UUUGCAACCAUGUUACAUAAAAAUACCAACAAGAUCACACUUAUUCUUAUCUAUGCAAUCUUAGAAUGGACAUUAAUAAUUCUACUUCUCCUCAACUCUCUCUUCUCCUAUUUGAUCAUCAAAUUUGCCGAGUAUUUUGGCCUAAAACCACCUUGUCCAUUAUGUUCUCGAGUUGAUCAUCUGUUUGAUCAAUAUGGAAAUAGUAAAACUUUGCGCAAAGAUCUUUUAUGUGAAGAUCAUGUCACAGAGAUUUCCAAAUUGGGAUUCUGUUCAAAUCAUCAGAAGUUGGCUGAAUCUCAAGAUAUGUGUGAGGAUUGCUCGUCCUCGCGCCUUGAGAUUUCAGAGAAUUCAGCUUUGUUAGCAUGGAUGGAUGAGAUUAAGUUGAUUCAAAAUGGUAAAGAAAUUAGUGUGGAAAAUGGUGAGGUGAGUGUGAUGUGUUCUUGUUGUGGUGUGAAUUUGGAGAGCAAAUUUUCAACUCCUUAUAUUUUGAUUAAGCCUUCUUUGGAUGAUUAUUUGGCAUAUAAUCAAAAAGGUAAUUUGAUUAUUGAAGCAGCAGAAGAUGAUGAUCUUAUGGAUAAAGGUAAUGAUUUUGAUAAAGAAAGAUCAGAUUUUUCAAUAGAAGAAAAAACUGAACAUCAGGUUAUGUCUGAUGUUUAUGUGCCUAAUUCUGAGGUUAAAAUGAAAGAUCAAGCUGUUCAAGUUUGUGAGAAUGAGGAGUUAUGUUUUGAAUUUUCUCCUCAGCAUUUGGAAUUCAUCUGCAGUGGUGAUAAGUUGGUUCCUAUUGAAUUGAUUGAUUCAACAACUGAUGAAGAUCAUAGCAAAAACCAAGAAAUGGAAGAAAAUCAUAAAAAGAGUGCCAAAGAAUUUGAAUUUGUUGUAGAGAACAAGAUUCUUCAAGUGGAGGAAGAGACAGCAGUUUCUGAGCUCAAGAGUGAGGAGGAACCUGAAUUUGGAUUUCUUGAAUCCAUGGAGGUAGAAGAAGAAGAGAUUGGUUUGGUUUUUUGUGCCAAAAAAUGCAAUUCAGUAAAGGAGAGUUAUGAACAAUUUGACAAUACUCAAUUGCUCCAUGCACCAGCCAAAGAUAAUGUUCAAAUUCUUACAGAAAGAUUAAGGGAAGAAGAAGGUUUAGAUGCUCAACAAGUUACAGAAGAGGAUUCCCAAAUGCCAGUUGAUGGAACUGAUGCAGAAGUUUUAGUUGAAACUGAAAUUCUUGAUUUGAACUUAGUAGAUGAGAUUCCAUGUCAAGGAGCUCUUACUUCAGUUAUACAUGAAGAACCUUCCACAAGUUCUGCUGAUUUCCAUGAAGUUGAUCAGCAAGGUCCUAAAGAAGAUCAAGAAAAAUUGGUGGAAUUGAAAUUAUUAUCAGUUGAAUUUGAUGAUCAUGUGAUGAACAAUCAAUCAUCAAUAUCUUCCAAAUUGAAUGAGAUUGAAGAAGAUAAAGUUCCAGAAACGCCAACUUCUAUCGAUAGCUUCUAUCAGUUGCAUAAGAAAUUACUACUCCUUGAGAAGAAAGAUUCAGGAAAUGAGGAGUCUUUGGAUGGAAGUGUAGUUAGUGAGUUAGAAGGCGGAGAUACAGUUUCAACGAUCGAACACUUGAAAUCAGCACUUAAAGCUGAGAGAAAAGCUCUACAUACUUUGUAUACAGAGUUAGAAGAAGAGAGAAGUGCUUCUGCUGUGGCUGCUAAUCAAACAAUGGCUAUGAUAAAUAAACUUCAAGAAGAAAAGGCGGCGAUGCAAAUGGAAGCUUUGCAAUAUCAAAGAAUGAUGGAAGAACAAUCAGAGUAUGAUCAAGAAGCGUUGCAACUGUUGAAUGAGCUUAUGGUAAAGAGGGAGAAGGAAAAACAAGAGCUAGAGAAAGAAUUGGAAGUGUAUAGGAAAAGGUUAAUGGAAUAUGAAGCAAAAGAAAAGAUGAGGUUGUUGAAGAGAAGCAAAGAUGGAAGUGCAAAGAGUGGAUUUUCAUCUCCCUCUUGUAGCAAUGUUGAGGAGAGCGACGAGUUGUCUAUUGAUUUGAAUCAAGAAGCAAAGGAAGAUGACAGUUUUUACGGUCAUCAAUAUGAAGAUCAAAAAGUUCAUGUUGAUGCUGGUCUAGAAUUGGAAGAAUCGUUUGCUGAUUUCGAAGAAGAGAGGAUGUCGAUUCUUGAGCAGCUAAAGAUGUUGGAAGAGAAGCUUAUAAAUAUGGACGAUGAAGAUGCAAAACAUUUUGAGGAUGUUAAGCCAAUGGAAGAUUCAUAUAAAGAGAAUGGCAUUUCUCAUUUUGAUGGACAAAUAAAUGAACAUGCCAAUGGUUUUUCGAGUGAAACGAAUGGAAAACAUCAUCCGCUGAAAAAAAUUGUCAAUGUAGAAGGGAAGGGACUACUUCCACUUUUUGAUGCAAUGAGCGAUGAAAAUGGAGAUGUUACACUAAAUGGACACGAAAAUGGCUUCCAUUCUAACGGUGUUCAUGACUCGUACAUGACAACGUUCGAUGUGGAAAACAAGAAGCUCGAUGUGGAAGAGGAAUUGGAUCAUCUACAUGAAAGGCUACAAGCGCUUGAGGCAGAUAAGGAGUUCCUAAAGAACUGCAUUAGUUCAUUAAAGAAAGGCGAUAAAGGGAUGGAUCUUCUUCAUGAGAUUUUACAACAUCUUCGUGAUCUUAGAAAUGUUGAACUUCUUGUUAGGAGCUCAAGUAAUGGCCUCAUGGUUUAGUCGAGUACUAGCUCAAUUGUCGCGCCAAUGAAGAUAACUGGCCAUGAUCUUGGAGUCCUUGGCAGCUAUUUAACUAAAAUGGAAACUCAAGAAUGCAACUGAAAUAUACGGAACAGCUGAUAAAAGCUCUGCAGUCAUUGCAGAAGUUUUUGGAAGUUUAAAUCCCUAUCAGGCCCUGGAAAUGGUCUGAGCAUUUUGGUUAUAAUGGUAAGGCACCAAUGUUUUUGAUGUCUAUCUAACUUUUUGUUCUCAAGCUUCAAUGGUCAUUUGUCAAAGUAAAACCCAAAAUUUUGGGCAGAAAUUGGGGUCAAAUUUCCACCUUUUGUGGGCAAAAGGAGGGAAAUGAUGAAUGAGUGUGUAGUCCAGUUAGGAUGAAUCCAUUCUGUAAUUUUUAAAUUCUACGGAAAUGCUGCGUACAAUAGACCUUUGCCCGCACAUAGCGGGAGUUUAGUGCACCAGACUGCCCUUUUAUAAUAGUGUUCGAGUCAGAUUGUGCGCAUCUCAACUGUUUCGUCCGAUACACUGGUAUUGGUCUGUCUUUUGUAUGUUGUGAAAGGGAAAAAGCAUACUGGUUUACAAAGCUGGAAAGGUCCAGCAAAGAUUCCAGUUCCAGGCAUUUGUACUUGUUUAUUGUAGACAAUUAGGACUACAAACAAUUUUCUUGUCUAUUUUUUUCUAAGGCAUAGAGGGGAAAGUAACUUCUUUAUUACCUUAUCUCUCAUCUUUUUCAUCAUUUCAUCACAUGAGAUUUGUUAUUGUUUUAGAAGGCAAAAGUUGUCUAGUUGUACACUACAUGUGUCCAUUUGUAAGUAUGUAUCUAACUAAAGAGUGUGUGUUUUCUUUUUAA